GAUAGCGACGGCGAGGACAGCCAGCACCGUCCCAAGGCGAGCAGCACGACGACAACCGCCCAUGGCACGACGAUGAAGCGAAAGGAUGUUGACGCCAGGUUGUCAGACACCCGCCGACCUGCGGCCACGAAUACGACGACACAACGGCCGCAAGUUGUAAUACGUCGACCGGCGCACGUCAAGGUGCAUCCACGAAAGCAUAGUCCGAGCCCGCCAGAGGAUGACGUCCCAGGGCCGUCGACGAGUACGCUAAGGCCUGCACCAUCCACCCAGCAACCCGAGCACGGAGACAGCGCGGCCCGGCUCCGCGCGCUCCUUCAUCCGCCGCCUAUCCCCGGCGUCGCAGACUGGGGCAUCCCCCCCGCCCCAUCCGCACCUCCCGACCCCGCGAUCCAGGCUAAACUGGCGAGAUUCGCUUCGCUCAAACAGGAUCCGAAGUCGCCGCAACAUUUCAACGACUCGCUGAUGUCCAACCGCGCCUUCCGGAACCCGCACCUGUACGCCAAGCUCGUCGAGUUCGCCGACGUCGACGAGCGCGCUUCCUAUUUCCCCCGGACGCUCUGGGACCCGAACGACGUCCGGGAGGAGUGGUUCGCAGACCGAAUCGCCGAGCGACAAAAAGCGCGCUCGGAGCAGCAAGCAGCGUCUCAGACGAACACCGGCAAGAACGUCAAGCGCACCCACAUCGACUUUGCUUCCUCCUCGUCUGUGAAGACGGGAGCGGGGGCUAUGAGCGACCUUGCGGCGGCUUAUGGAGGAGCCAGGAGUGUGGGGGGCGGGAACCUGUCGUCCGCGCCGGCCAAACGCAGUAGAUGGGGGUGAUUUGUUCGGAUCUUGGUUUUCGGAUCGCUCGGUGGCAGCUUGAACGCGGUUUUCGUUUCUCAAGGUCCC